GUUAUUUUUAUGAAGAUUUGUCUAAUUUCUCCCGUAGAAUCGAAGGAAUAUUAAGUACUUUAUUCUGGGCCCUGUUCGGACAUGCGGAUAAGUCAACCUUUAACACACGAAUAAAAACGCUGAGAUCACCGAAAUCACUGGACACUUGCUCUUCGCCACUUACAGUCUCGCUUCCGUGCUAGUUGCAAUGAACCUCCUCAUUGCGAUGUUCAGUAAUACUUUCAAGAAGGUUUCUGAGGAGAAGGAUAUGAAAUUCAAGUUUGCUCGUACCCGUGUUUGGAUGUAUUACGUCAGUAGGAUCAGUCCUCUGCCUCCCCCGUUUAACUUGUUUCCGGUAGGAAAGAUCGCUCUAGGAAUCCGCCGGCUCGUUACACGGUGCAGCUCAAUGGGAGAAUGUCUCGUCUGCAAUGAGAAGCAAGAAUCGUCUCCAAAAACCAAGACAAAUGAGAAGAGACGUCGAAUGGUCAUCAAAAAUCUAAUCCAGCGCUAUUUUGAUGUGAACGGAAAAACACAAAAAGAGGAGCCUGUUGAAGAUCAUCCACCUCCAGAAGAGUUACAAUGCAAGCUGAUGGAGGUCACUAAUACAUUACAGAAUCUACAAACUGCGAUAAAGCGGUUCCGUCAAAAAACACCAACGGAAAAGAAUAAGACUGAGAAAACAGAACCGCUCGAGUGAUGCAGCUUGUUUUAACAAGUUGAUUGCUAAGACAAAGAUACAUUCGUAUUGCUCGCUAAAUAGAUUUUGAAAUGAAAAAGAAUUAGUUAAUGUAACGAGGAAAAUUCUGUGAUACAAUGCCACUGACUCAUCUGGCCACUCUAGCGCAUAUAAGAAAAUACAUUUUAUGAUGUCUACUCGAUAAUCAAAGUAUAUCAAAAUAGCUUUUUGUCACAAAUCGGUUUGUGGAAUGGGUGUCGUCCAAACAAUGCAGAGUAGCAUAAGAAGUCGAAUUUUAUUGUAAAGCAUACAAUUUCGCUACAUACCAUUAGUAAGAUGCCGUAAUUAAUUUACCGUAACAUAUUGAAAGUAGUGUAAUAUGUCGUAAAAUAAUGUAAAUGUAGAGUAUUGUGUAGGUAGUGUAAGUAAUCGAGUGUAAGUCAUCUUACUGU